UGAAAAUGAUUUUUUUUUCAGGUUAAACUGCAGAACAACAUAUCAUAUCAGAUGGCAGACAUACAUCAUUUAAAGGAGCAACUCGCUGAGCUUCGUCAGGAGUUUCUUCGACAAGAAGACCAGCUCCAGGACUAUAGGAAGAACAGUACUUACCUCGUGAAGAGGUUAGAAUAUGAGAGUUUUCAGUGUGGACAACAGAUCAAGGAAUUAAGAGCACAGCAUGAAGAAAAUAUUAAAAAGUUAGCAGACCAGUUUUUGCAGGAACAAAAGCAAGAGGCCCACAAGUUUGAAUCAAAAGAUGGAAAUGAAUUGGAUAUAAACCAUCAUGCGGUACCUAAAAACAUUCCAAAAGUUGCUGAGAAUGCUGCAGGCAAGCAUGAAGAACCCUCAAGCAAUCAUAUUCCACAUGGGAAAGAACAAAUCAAACGAGGUGGUGAUGCAGGGAUGCCUGGAAUAGAAGAGAAUGACCUUGCAAAAGCUGAAGAUCUUCCCAUUGAGGUAACUACUGUGCAGAGAUUGGUGUGUAUCAAUUUCCAUACAUGUUUUUCGACUUUUACUACACUUGUAAACAUAUGUAAAACUAUGAAGUAUUGUUUUGUUUGCUUUCUUAAACUUUAAAUAAAUGAUGUCAUUGUUUAUAUGAUUCUGCAACUUUUUUUCCC